CGGCGCCGUGCCCCGCCGCGGAGACCCCGGAGCCCGCGGCGGGCCCCUGCGCCCCCGGCGUGCUGCCGGCGCACUUCUGGCUGGCCGCGCUGUGGAUGGCGCUCGCCGUGCUCGCGGGUUUGGUCCGGGAGGCCAGUGCCCGCCACGGGGUCCGCACCGUCUGCGAGUGCUCCAUGGACAUCAGCGUCCCGAGGGCGACGGCCGGCAGCACGCUGCCCACCGAGCAGAUGCUGUGGCGGGCGGUGGCCAGCGGCGCGGGCCUGACGAAGUGCGAGAUGCUGCCGCGCCGGGCGCUCUCCGCGUGGGUCAGCCGCUGCCCUCAGGUUGACCAUGGCGAGGACGUCGACGCCCACGUCAUGCACGUGCAGUUUGCAGUCAGCCUGCCUCGGGAGCAGGAGCGGGAGAAGUGGCGCCGCCAGCUCCUCAGGACUGGCUGGGUCCCGCACAGCGGCCUGGCGGACUGGCAGGGGGCGCGGGUCGUGCAGCGGCCGCCGAGGCUCACGAGGCUGAAGGGCCCAACGCUGGACGACAGCGUCGUGGACGUCAUUGAAGCCGCCGGCUUGGGCGUCGCUCGCCGUUGUCCUUUCCGUCUGUGCCGCGCCCCCCCCGAUCAGGUGCAACAGGGUGCUGCGCCCGCGCCGCCUGGGGACCUUCGCACCGAGGUAGCACACGGCAUGUUUGCCUGGCUCAAGACUGCCCGCGCCGCCGGCGUGCUGGCUAUCCAGGGCGUGGGCAACGUGGUAGCUGCUGUCAUACUGCCGCUGUACGUGGCGGGCCAAGCGGACUACUCGUGCGAGGUCGGCUAUCCAAUGGAGGUGCACCUGGCUUGGUUCUAUUACAUGCUUUUCUCCGUCUUGUCAAAUGUCGCGUUGGUUUGUGUGGUUUGCGGCUCCAGCGGCUGCAGGUUGUUCGUUCGCUACUGGCUCCGGUGCGGGAUCCGGCUUGUGGCCAUGGGCAUGCUGUUGAGCAGCACGUAUCAGGAUGUUGUCUUCUACGUGUUGGCACGGACGUGUGAUUACGACGUAUGGCGCGUGGCUGCAUGGCUUUUGCUGUUUGGGGUCGGUGCCAUGCAGAUCUGCGUGCAGCUCUUCAUGCUGUUCAGAUGCUACCUCCUCUUCCGACGAGCUCAGAAUCCAGAGGAUCGCGAGAGGCUGCGAGUGGAGGGCAUCUUCCAGGCACUGCGUAGCUCCAACAACCUCUUGCUGACCCACCUGGUCCAACCGGCCCUACAGGAGCACCUGGGCGGGGAGAGCUCGUGGGCCGCAGCGGCCGCCGAGGUGCGCAUCGCCAUGGCCCGCGCGCUGUUCCAGGAUGUUGAGCAGGCAGCCCUCCAGCUGGUCUUCCUGACGUUCCUUCAGGAGCUCCCCGCGAGGGACACGCUGUUCGUCUACGCGUCCGCCAGCAACUCGCUGCUGCUGUCCUUCGGCGCGAUCGCGCAGCUCCUGCCCGAGGCCCGCGACUGGCUAUGGCACCAGGCCCUUCCGUCGCUCCCUGGCGGGCGCCGUCUCAGGCCGCUCCGGGUCGCGUGGCUCGCGCUGUGCGCGCUCCUGCUGAAGCUCGCCCUGGCCU